UCCCCCAUCUCUUCUCACUGCUCGCCGUCGUCGCCUUGCCGUUCACCUACCCACGACAGAGGAAGCCUUGCCUCGCCGGAUAUGCUGCCGUCGGCGACCGGGGACUUCGCCGGCGACGUCCACUCGGCUCGAGAGAUGCUCCAUCCCCUCCUCCUCCUAUGACUUCUUGCGGCGGCGAGUGUUGACUGGAUCUGGGAGUGGCUGGGAUUUGCUUGCGGGUGGGCGUCGAGAAAGGGAUGAGCUUUGGCGCCGUUGACGUCGAGGAUGGCGGCGCUGCAGUGGCGACGGCGAGGGUGGGUGGGGCUGAGGAGGUGAGAGGUAUGCCGGCUGAGGUGAGCUGGGAGAUGCUUGACAAGUCGAGGUUUUUUGUGCUCGGCGCCGCGCUGUUUUCCGGCGUCUCCGCGGCGCUCUACCCGGCGGUUGUCCUCAAGACGCACCUCCAGGUCUCGCCGCCGCCGCAGGCGGCGGCAUCUACCACGGCGGCGGCGAUCUUGCGACGCUACGGGCCUCGGGGAUUCUACCGCGGCUUCGGCGCGUCCCUCGCCGGGACGGUGCCCGCGCGCGCUGUCUACAUGGCCGCGCUUGAGGCCACCAAGAGCGCCGUGGGCUCCGCCGCCGUCCGCCUCGGCGUCGCGGAGCCGGCCGCCUCCGCGGCGGCCUCGGCCGCGGGAGGGGUGUCCGCGGCCGUCGCCGCGCAGGUCGUCUGGACCCCCGUCGACGUCGUCAGCCAGCGGCUCAUGAUCCAGGCCCCCACCGCCGCCGGCAGCCGGUACCGCGGCGGCGCCGACGCGCUCCGCAAGAUCCUCCUCGCCGACGGCGUGCGCGGGCUGUACCGCGGCUUCGGCGUCUCCGUGCUCACCUACGCGCCCUCCAGCGCCGCGUGGUGGGCGUCCUACGCCACGGCGCAGCGCCUCGCCUGGCGCGCCCUCGGCCCCGCCCACCACGACCGCCGCGCGUCCGUGAUCGCCGUGCAGGGCGCGAGCGCCGCGGCGGCGGGCGCCGCGGCUGCGCUGGUGACCAUGCCACUGGACACCGUCAAGACGCGGCUCCAGGUCAUGGACGGCGCGCGGCCGGCGUCGCUCGCGUCCGCGGCGCGCGCGCUGGUGCGGGAGGGCGGGUGGGCCGCCUGCUACCGUGGGCUCGCGCCGAGGUGCGCGUCCAUGUCGCUCUCCGCUGCCACCAUGGUCACCGCCUACGAGUUCUUGAAGCGCCUCUCCGCCAAGGAAGAAAGCUCACUCCCAUAAGACCACGAUAGCCUUCUCUCGAUUGCAAACCAUAGCAACCAGCUUCAGCUGAUGAACUGAUGAUGAAUCACAUGCUUGUAUAUAUGUGUGUAAGCAAGCGUUUGCAUAAUUGCAUUCUAUUCUGAUCUCCUCUCUCAUCUUAGGAUGCAAAGAUUGCAUUUGAUUGUAUUUUCCAGUACGAUGAUGAUGAAAAUUUUGUGAAACUAAGAACAUAUUGUCCAUUUGAUCAAA